UCGCAUGAAAGUCUGGAGUGUGGGACGCAUGCGCGGGUGUAGCGAGUGCGCGGGUAUAAAUAGGAGCGUCGCCCGGAGGAACCACCGCAGUUGUCACUCACAGAACACAAGAUGAGGUACCUCCUAGCCCUCCUGCUGCUCGGCGUGGCCUCUACCGGGGCUCAGCAGUCCUCCGUCACGCCAGGGGGCAGCGGGAACUGGCAGUGCCCCCACGAGUUUGGUCACUUCCCGCACGACACCGCCUGCGACAAGUACUACUCGUGCAACAAAGGCGUGCCGACCCUCAAGACCUGCGGCAACGGCCUGGCCUUCGACGCCACCGACCCGGACUUCAUAAAGGAGAACUGCGACUACAAGUACAACGUGGACUGCUCAACGCGGCCCGAGCUUGAGCCCCCGAUCCCCACCACAAACUGCCCCUACCUCUACGGCAUCUUCCCCGAUGAGGCUGACUGCGCCGUGUUCUGGUCAUGCUGGGACGGUGAGGCCUCCCGCUACGAGUGCACCCCCGGCCUCGCCUACGACAGGAAGGCCCGCGUGUGCAACUGGAUUGACCAUAUCCCCGAAUGCAACUCCCAGCGCGCUCUCCAGAACGAACACUUGGUCUGCCCUGCCCCUGGACAGCUCACCGCCACUGGGUCCUUCUCCCGCCACGCCCACCCCGACGACUGCCGCCAGUACUUCGUGUGUCUCGACGGAGUGGCGCGCGAGUACGGCUGCCCCAUUGGUACCGUCUUCCAGAUCGGCGCUAUUGAGGGUCUUGGACAGUGCACCGACCCCGAGAAUGUGCCUGGCUGCGAGGACUACUACGGUGAGCUGGACCUGAAGGCGCUGCGGCAGAGUCAGCUUCUCUUGGGUGGAGGAGGCGCAGGAGGACCCGUGAGUUCCCGCCGCCCCCGCCCAAGCAACCCUGAGGAAGCCCCUGUAGUCCUCCCCGCCUCAGCUUAAGACUCCUUCUACAGCGAGGACUACUAUGGCGACCUCGACCUGAAAACCCUUCGCGGUCUCGGCCUCUAGAUUACGGUACAAGCAGUAAACUCCUUUUUUUAUGUACUUUAAGGUCUCAUGACUCUCCGUUACGUGAUCUGUGUUAGUCCUUCCGGCAUUCAUUCACCGCAGCAUUACCGACACACUCUCCCGGAACUGUUACUGCACUGCGCCCGUAACAGGAAUUCCUCGCCCAAAAUCUCCAGUCUCGCCGUGACCGUCAGACUGUUCUCCCA